AUGGGACAAGAUAGUGACGGCCCUGGAACACUUCGAAGUUCCCAGCUACCUCGUUCGGCUGAUCCGCGCCUACCUCGACGACAGGUGGGUAUACUACGCCAGCAGGGAAGGACAGGAAAGGCGGCCCGUCGAGCGCGGCGUACCGCAGGGUUCGGUGUUGGUGCCGAUCUUGUGGAUCAUCGCGUACUGCGCUGCCCGCUGCCUCCGGGCGUGGCUAUGGUAUGUUACGCUGACGACACUUUGGUCCUGGUCGGGAGUCGUGGGUGGCACGAGAUGUUGCGCAUGGGCGAAGUCGCAACGGCCUGCGCAAUACUUCCGGUGCGCGGACUGGGCCUAAGAGUCUCUCCUAUGAAGUCGGAGGCCAUCUGGUUCUACGACAAGAACAGGCGAGGGGCUCCCCCGCCCGGACUGAGCAUAAGCAUGGAGAGAGAAACCGUCGAGGUGGGAUCGCGAAUGCGAUACCUGGGUCUCGACAUCGACAGCCAGUGGACGUUCGAGCCGCACUUCGACUUCCUGAUCCCGAGGGCGACGGCGGCCGCCAACGCCUUGUGCGGCCUGCUGCCGAACAUCGGCGGGGCGGGUGUCGCGGUGCGCCGACUAUACGAGGGCGUCGUUCGGACCCGGGUGAUGUACGGGGUCCCGGUAUGGGCGGACGAUCUGAUGGCGAGUCGCCGCAGUAUCCUGCUUCUCAGGAGGCUGCACAGGAAUCCAUUUAUCGACAAUGAAGAUUACGAAUUUGAGCUGACAACCAUUGAAAAGGAAAAGUUGGUAGAAUUAUCAUGCGGUAGCUCACUAAAACAAAAGUUUCAAAAUCAAACCUUAAUUCAAUUUUGGAUGAAUCUUAGCGGGGGUAUGAAUCUUUGUAUUACAAAGCAGUGCAAGUGCUUCUACCGUUUGUAA